AUGCCGCCUCAGACUGAAUGUCCCGCCUCGCAGGCAGGGGGCAGCAGCGCCGGGUCGAGUGCUGGGAAGCACAGCGACGGCAACUCUCGCGAUGGACAGCCGAAGAAGUCUCACAUUUACUACGGCCCUGUCUCAGGGCCAGGCCCUGAGGGUGUGGCGGCGGUCUCGGACGUCACCGGCGAAGUCGACACAGGUGCAGACGCCGCGUCGCCUGCAGCGGAGCCGUCUGUGCAGAAGCACCAAGAGUUUCUCAAGCGCUUCGAAAUCGAGCAGGCCGCUGCCAAAUUCCAGGCCGUCUGCCCAACUGACGACAAAAUCGUCAAACGAGUCUUGCGCGCGCUGGGGUACCCCAUUUGCUUGUUCGGCGAAGGGCCCUUCGAGCGCCGACAGCGGCUGAAGCUUUUGUUUGCGGAGGGCGCGAGCCUGCCGCCUGAGGAGCUCCAGCGGUUCAUCGCCGACGACGAAGCGCUGAGCCGCGCCAAGCAGGUAGGAAUCGAGGAGGCGGCGGCGGAGGACGUGGCGGACGGCACGGAACUUUUCUUCACGGAGGGCUCGACGAGCCUUCUGGAGGCGCGUCGGUUUAUCUUCCAAGACAGCGUCCAGCGCGCGCGUCUACGCCUACAGCAGGAACAGGAGCUGAAGCGCGACGUGCCCAAGCCGGCGGCGCUCAAAGGCCAGUCUUCGCUGCUGCUAGGCGUUCCGGCGCCGGCGCCGCCUCUACCGCGGCGCUCGCGUCUCCGCGCCUUCUGCCUCUUCGGCUCGCAUCUGCAGAAGCAGCUCGCCGUCCGCGCCUCGCAAGUAGGCGACGACCGGCCGCUGACCUGCUGCCGCUUCUCCCCCGGCAGUUCGCGGCUGCUGCAGUUCUCGCUCGGCAGCGGCAGAGCUGCGGCGGCUGAGGAGGAAGACGAGGAGGGAGAGGAGGCGCGCGCUGCGCCUCUCAAGCGCGUGAAGACCGAGCCCGUCGAGUCCGACAUGGACGAGGGACGCUGGGCCAGCGCCGCGACCGCUGAGGCAGGCGGGGGAGCCCAGACGAGUGGCGACACCGCUGAACAGGCGCGCGGAGACCGCCGCUGGUGGCAGGCUUGGGGCGGCGAUUCGCAGUUCCUCGCCACGAGCAGCUGGAACGAGGUCGUGAAACUUUGGUCCGCACAGGAGGGCGAUCUCCUGCAAGAGCUACGCGGCCACAAAGGGCGUGUCCACGCCCUCGCCUGGAGAGACACACCUGAGGGAGAGGCACCGCGAGGCAGUGACAAAGCGGAAAAAGGCGGCGUUCCGCUUCUUCUCGCGAGUGGCGGCGCAGACGGGGCGAUCUGUCUCUGGGACAUUCACCGCAUGCAGGAGGGUGGCUCGUCGGCAGAGAAGCCCGCGGCAAAUCCGCUCCACAGCAACAAGAACAGCGCAGACAUGCUCGUGUGCAAGCUGCAAGGCCACGAGGACCGUGUCAACCGCAUCGCCUUUCAUCCCUCCGGCAGGCUGCUCGCUUCGACGUCCCACGACGAGACUUGGCGGCUGUGGGACGUGGAGGUGGAGAAGGAAGUUCUGCUUCAGGAGGGUCACGCAGCGGCGGUCUACGGGGUCUCGAUUCACCCAGACGGCUCUCUGAUUGUGACGACAGAUCUCUCCGGAAUCGUUCGCGUCUGGGACCUGCGGACGGGUCGGACGGUGAUGCCGCUGGUCGGUCACGUGAAGCAAGCAGUCAGCGCAUCUUUCCACCCGAUUUUGGGCAAUCUGGUCGCUACCGCGUCGGACGAUCACUCAGUGAAGAUCUGGGACUUGCGCAAGAAAGGCGCGCACAGCGUGGCUGCGGCGAGCAGCGGCGGCGUAGCCCCGCCGGCGAGCUCGGGCAGCAACAAACCGAAUUCCAACGUUGUCACCACGGUUCUGGUCCACAACAAGCUGGUCACGGAAGUCCUUUUCGAGCCGCUGCUCGGCAGGUGCAUGUACACCUCGUCGUUCGACGGCCUCAUGAAGGUCUGGGGCGUCAACGACUUUGCGUGCCUCAAGACGCUCGCCGCCCACGAGGGACGCGUGAUGAGCAUGGACGUCAUGAAGGGGGGCGAGACGCUCGCCAGCGUCGGCUUCGAUCGCACCUGGAAGCUCUGGAAGUGCGGGACGCCCUUCGCGUCCGCCUUUCAUCCGACCGCGUCGGCGCUCGGGGCCGAAGGCGCCGAGACGAAGGCUGAGGAGGCCUGA